AUUCAGGGUUCCAGUCAACAUGGAGGAUUCUGUCGCAGAGCUCAAUGAGCUCUUUGCUGCCGCUGCUCCAGAUGGUCUACCCAAGGAUGUUCUCACCGAGUUGCAGUCAAUCCUGCGCAUCCACUCCAUCUCCGCGCAGGAGCUCUUUUACAAAUGGGAGUCUUACUGUCUGAAGAUGGGCCCGGACGAGUUGAAGAUGGACUUGGGUACCGUGCGACUGUUCAAGAAAGAUGUGCAGGAUACGUUGGAGCGAGAAGCCCGCGGCAAAGCAGGCCGACAGAUGGAGAGGAAACCAGCAGUGCCGGCCACCCCGCGCGCUGCUACGUCAGAUGUUUUUGGCAUGCUGGACGGAUUAACACCAGGUGCUUCUGGUCGGAGCAAUGCCGGUUCAGCGAAGCGGAAAUCCGACUUUGCUUCGCCAUCAAUCUCUAAGAUCGGGAGAACCGAACACAAUGGAUCUCCGAUGAGUACCAGUGUGAAACAGACAAACGGUGAUGGGUUACAAUCCAUUCCCUUUUCCCAGCGCCAAAAUGCAGGCGAAACCAUCGAAACCAUCAACCCCCAUCUCCCACAAGCAGAGGCCCCUAUCGCGCCAUACUCCGAAGCCCGCAUACGACCGACGGCGAACACAGACCUGAAGAAGUUCGGAUACAAGCCUAUGGCCAUGAGACUGGCCGAGGCAUCGGAAAUCCUGGACGACCGCAUCGACGAAUUCAUGGCAUUGUUUGAGAAACAGUACGGCAGUGACGAGAUCACAUUCGGCAGCGCUGCCACGCAGAGCACCAGCGAGAUCGUGGCCGUCGGCCGCAUCGCAUCCGACAGUAUGGAAGGAAAACUCAACACCGCGUCACUCGUGCUCGAGACGUCCAGACGUACAGGAGCAGGCAUCCGUGUUCCACUGAAACUCGAAUCCGUGCCAUCUGCCAACUUCUUCCCGGGCCAGAUCGUGGCGCUGCGCGGCAUUAAUGCGUCCGGCAACUACUUCUCCGUCAAAGAGGUCCUCCCCACACCCCUUCUCCCACCGGCCGCAUCGUCAGUCGUCAACCUCGAAACCAUCAACCAGAGACUCGAAGACGCUGGCCCAGCGCCCUUGAACGUUCUCGUCGCUGCCGGCCCGUACACAGCAGACGACAACCUCGACUACGAGCCACUGAAAGAGAUCUGCCGCAAGGCAGCAGACAGCUAUGCGGACGGUCUUGUCCUGCUGGGGCCAUUCCUAGACAUCGAGCAUCCCCUGCUGGCCUCGGGGGAUUUCGACCUGCCCGAGAUCAACGGCGUAGACCCGGACACGGUGACGCUGACUACAGUAUUCCGGCACUGCAUCUCAGCGCCGCUACAGCGACUCGUGGCAGCCGUGCCCAGCAUCACGAUCGUGCUGGUGCCGUCCGUCCGCGACGCAGUCAGCAAGCACGUCUCCUGGCCACAGGAGCAGCUACCCAAGAAGGAGCUGGGCCUGCCGAAGCAGGUUCGCAUGGUGUCGAACCCGGUGACGCUGUCACUGAACGAGACAGUCAUUGGGAUGUGCUCGCACGACGUGCUGUACGAGCUGCGCCGCGAGGAGGUACUCCACGGCAAACCAACGGAGGGGAACCUCCUGACAAGACUGCCCAAGUACAUGAUCGAGCAGCGACACUUCCAGCCGAUGUUCCCGACAUCGAGCAGAGACAUGCUGCCACGAGCGGGAACCGGCCUUGCAACGGGGGGAAUGGUCGAUGUGAGCUAUUCGAAGCUGGGCGAGUGGUGGAAUGUGCGGCCGGACGUGUUGAUAACGCCGAGCAUGCUGCCGCCGUUUGUUAAGGUAGUGGACAGCGUAACAGUGAUCAACCCCGGCACGCUCUCCAAACGCCGCGGCGCAGGUACAUACGCACAGAUGGCGAUUCAGCCACGACGGAUAGAAGACGACGAGAGGGAGCAGAAGCAGGUCAGCCAUAAAUUGUAUGAACGGGCCCGGGUAGACAUAAUACGGAUAUAGCGCAGCGCAGCAUAGCAACAGCAGCAGCAGUAGUAUACAUGAUAAUGAUGAUUCCAC